UAAUGGUUAGUGCAAUUUUUGUGCUUACUUCUUGAGAGCCUUUGGCUCAUCCCUGGAGGUUUUCCGUUUUCCAUAGCGUUCGGCAAGUUUGCUUCCGCUUUCUUAUUUUUAAUAUAUUGCAUCGUUCGCUGCGGAGAAAGUAAACUUGUAUACUCUCUUCAAAUGGCGAGACUUUGCAUUUUUCUUCAUAAAUUUGUUUUCGGUAUUGUUACCGCCUGCACAAAGCCUCGUCUUUAUGGCCAUCCCUUCAUUGCGUGUCGCUUCUGCUAUUUCGCCUCUGUUACGGACCCUAGCAGUAGCCCCGGGUUUCCUCGAACCCGCGAGUCAUCGAGAAAUUUCGACGAAGAAUCAGUUUUUUCAAGUUCUCUUCCUGAUGCGUUUUUGGUGGAAAAGGUUUUCUUGAGCCUGAGGCAAGGAACUCUCAAUUCACUGAGCAAUUACUUUUCCCGUUCUUCAGACCCAUCAGUUGUGGUUGAAGUUCUUUAUCGAUGUCGCGACAACUUGGGUCUGGGUCAGAAGUUUGUCGAUACAAUUAUGGUAAAUUGUCCCAACUUUAAGCACUCAUCCCUCUCGUUGAGUGCAAUGAUUCACAUUUUGGUGCGUUGUAGGAAGCUGCCAGAAGCGCAGGCUUUGAUUCUUAGAAUGAUAAGAAGGAGUGGUGCUUCACGUGUUGAUAUUGUUGAGUCCUUGGUUUCAACGCAUGUCAACUGUGGUUCCAAUUCUUUUUGUUUUGAUUUGUUGAUAAGGACUUUUGUCCAGGCGAGGAAAUUAAGAGAAGGGGCUGAGGCAUUUCGUUUGUUGAGAAGUAAGGGAAUUUGCAUUUCUAUAAAUGCUUGUAAUGCUCUUCUUGGUGCUCUUGUGAACGUUGGUUGGAUGGAUUUGGCAUGGAAUAUUUAUGAAGAUAUUGUGAGAAGUGGGACACAGAUGAAUGUAUAUACUCUAAAUAUUAUGGUUAAUGCUUUGUGCAAAGAUUGCAGAAUGGACGAAGUUAAACUUUUCUUGACAAACAUAGAGGAUAAGGGGCUUUUUCCGGACACUGUAACAUACAAUACUCUAAUCAGUGCACAUUGUCGUGAGGGGCUUGUAGAAGAGGCCUUUGAAUUAAUGAACUCAAUGAAGCUUAAGGGGUUGAAACCUGGCCUUUUUACUUAUAAUGCCAUUAUCAAUGGCUUAUGUAAGAAUGGAAACUAUGCGAGAGCAAAGGAACUUUUCUAUGAGAUGUUGAAGAUGGGAUUGACUCCUGAUACUGCCACUUUUAAUACAUUGCUUACCGAAAGUUGUAAAAAGAAUAAUAUUUGUGAAGCUGAAAAGAUUUUUAAGGAAAUGUCACAUCAUGGAGUUGUUCCAGAUUUAUUUAGCUUUAGCUCACUUAGGAUGGUCUCCAGGAAUGGAUACUUUGACCAGGCCUUAGUGUAUUUUAAGCAAAUGAAGGAUGUUGGGUUGGUUCCUGACACUGUUAUAUAUACUAUUCUUAUAGACGGGUAUUGUAGAAAUGCCAAAAUGUCUGAGGCUCUGAAGAUGCGAAAUGAGAUGGCAGAGCAGGGCUGUCUUAUGGAUGUGGUUACAUACAAUGCUAUAUUGAAUGGAUUGUGUAGGGAAAAUAUGCUUGUUGAUGCUGAUAAGCUAUAUAAGGAGAUGGUGGAAAGGGGGAUUUUUCCUGAUUUUUUCACCCUCACCACUCUCAUUCAUGGCUAUUGUAAAAAUGGGAACAUGUCAAGAGCGGUUAAUUUGUUUGAGACUAUGACCCAAAGGAACCUUAAGCCUGAUGCUGUGACAUAUAAUACACUGAUGGACGGCUUGCAAAUAGGUGAAAUGGAAAAAGCAAAGGAGUUGUGGCAUGACAUGAUAUGCAGAGAAAUUUUGCCUAACCACAUAUCUUUUAGCAUUUUGAUAAAUGGAUACAGCAGUUUAGGUCUUGUGUCUGAAGCAUUUAGGCUGUGGGAUGAAAUGGUAGAGAAGGGUAUAAAACCCACCCUGGUUAAUUGCAACACCAUUAUAAAAGGCUAUUGUCGGUCUGGUAAUGUGUCAAAGGCAAGUGAAUUUUUGAACAAGAUGAUUUUGGAAGGUGUUUUACCUGACUGUAUCACAUACAAUACUCUAAUAAAUGGCUUUUUAAGGGAAGAUAAUUUGGACAAAGCUUUCAUUUUCAUUAAUGGCAUGGAAAAACAAGGGAUACUGCCUGAUGUUAUCACAUACAAUGCAAUUCUUAGUGGAUAUUGCAGGCAAGGCAAAAUGCAAGCGGCUGAGAUGCUUUUGCGUAAGAUGAUUGACAAAGGUAUCAAUCCUAACAGAUCAACGUACACAGCAUUGAUAAAUGGGCAUGUCUCUCAGAACAACCUGAAAGAGGCAUUCCGCUUCCAUGAAGAGAUGCUGCAAAGAGGAUUUGUUCCGGAUGACAAAUUCUAAGCUCUUUGUGGUAGCAGCUAUUCAGACAUUUUAGCAUCUUGUUUUACAUCCCAUAUAUGGAGGUCUAAAAAUGACCAGAGAAUAUUACCGAGGGAAG